AUGAGGCUGAGCGCCCCAUCGGCCAUUCAAGCUGCAGUGUGCAUCGUCCAUCUGCAGCCCAGCCGCAGUAAAUUCCCAUUACACGUACUACCCGAGAGGAGGUUAUCCCCAAGUCCCUGGACUCCCGGGGACCUGUCCCGGGGCCGGAUGAGCCAGGAUCAUACCACGUUCUGGGGUCCCGACGUUUAUGAUCAGUUCUGCAAGACGACAAUGCAGAUUAUUUCCUUGUCUUUUGGCACUCGGCACUCUCUUUACAGCAUUCACGAGCUGAACUUCCAGGACUUCAAACACGGCCCUGUUCUCAUGUCCAGCAUUCUUAGGUGGUGGCCAGUUCGUCUCGUCGACCCAAUGCCCGGGUUUGCGCCUGCUCUUGGUCUGCCCGCGCCAGUCCCUUCCACAGGUAGUUGA